AGAAGAUACUUCCCUGCCAAUUGGAGCUAAUUUAUACCUUACCUAUCUCGGCAAGCCUGAAACAGAGCUUCACCUCCCUAGUGCACUACAUAAAGCCUUGUCCAAAAACCUAGAGUAAAACAAAAUAUCCUCCUAAUGUUGACAUCGAUUGAUGAGCCUCUCCUAACCCAAUGAACCCGAAAUCGAAGUUCUCAACGAGUCGGGAACGAUCGACGAACCCAUUAGUGUGGUGUGCCGCCAUCAUCUGCACUAUCCUGACCAUAGCCGUGAUCAUCGCGGGCAUUGUCACCUUCAUAGGAUACUUAGUCAUACAUCCCAGGGUGCCUUACGUUAGCGUCGUGGACGCUCACCUAGACCGUAUGCAGCUCGAUUAUGCCGGUAUUCUGGAGAUUCAGGUAACGAUAUUAAUCCGAGCUAAGAACGGGAACGGGAAGGCGCACACGAGCUUCUCGGAUUCAAGUUACAGCCUAGGUUUGAACGGGGAAGUGGUAGCGCGGCUGGUAGCACCACCCUUUGAAGUAGGUAAGAACAGUUCGGUUGAUUUUAACUACGUAGUGCCAUCAUCACCCAUACCUUUGAAUCCGGAACAAGCAGAAUAUGUGGACGCGGGUUUGAAGAAAGAUCUGAUUGUAUUCGAUUUGAAAGGGGGCAGCAGGGUGAGAUGGAGAAUAGGCCAUCUGGGUUCCGUUAGGUUCUUGUGUGGUCUCCGUUGUCAGUUGCAUUUCCAUCCUUUGAAUGGCACCUACAUUCCCUCACGCUGUAGUUCCAAGGCCAAGUGAUGUUUUCUUUUCUCU